AUGGAACCUUCAAAGAGGCAACAAAUAGUUAUAGUCCGUGCUACUACUAUACAUGCUACCAUACCUACUAUUGUGCCUGCUGUUGCCCCUAAAAACCCAACACCAACUAAACCCUAUGCUGGUAGCCUCCCUAAAUGCAAGAAGUGCAAUUUUCACCACACCGGAAAUUGCCCUGAAAUGCAGUGCUGUAACUGCAAUAGGAAAGCGCAUACUGCCCGAUUCUGUAGAACACCACCUCAACCACUUAACCAAGUACCUGCCGCUGGAGUAGGUCGAGCAUGCUACCAAUGCGGUGAUGUGGGGCAUUUCAAGAGAGAUUGUCCAAAUGUUGGAAAUGCCGGUGGGGUUGGGAGAAUUCUAGCACUAGGUCACGAAGAAGCGAUGGCAGACCCUGCUGUGGUCACGCAUACGUUCCUUCUCAACAAUACUUAUGCAUGCAUUCUUUUUGAUUGUGGUGCUGAGAGGAGCUUCAUGAGCCAAAACUUCAAACAUAUACUAAAUCAAAACUCCCAACAACUAAAUGAAACUUUGACAGUAUAA